AUGAUAUUAUUUAUCUUACUCUUAUUCAAGGCUACAAACGCCGAAAUACCCAACAGAGACCUUCAAUUUCUCAACGAAUUGCCCUUGGAAAAACUGCUGAAGCUGAAGGAUUCUUUACAAGAUUUUGUGACGGAUAAUACAGAAAAUAUCACAGUUACGACACCAUCUUAUUUACAAUCAUUUGGAGCUCAGGCGUUAGCGUUAAAGGGACCUCCGAUAAAACGAACGGAUUAUGAGGAAAGUCUUUGGAAGAAAGAAUCGAAGAUAAGCAAUAUAUUCUCGAUGUCUGUGACGACGCUGGCCUUUUUAGCGUUUGGUGGUUAUUUGUUGUGUUUGAUUGUGCAAGCGGUGAAGGCGAAGGAACAAUACGCGGCAGCGGCCGGAUCUCAAACUACUUUAGUGGUGAAUUCUGCUAUAAAAAAGAGGCCUCAGAUCCAAUCACAAUUUCAGCCGCAGUUCGCAUCCUACGGGAGGAAGAAGAGGAAUGUUCGACAGCAGAGAAGUUUGAAGAACUUGGACCUCUCGCCCGAUGAGUUGUUCAGUGCGUUGCUGCAGUUCUGUGAAGGUUACGCUAAGUGGAGUGAGAAUGUAGAACGGUUUUAA